AUGGAGGCGGCGUCGCCGGACCUGUCGCUGCACAUCAGCCUGCCCAGCAGCGCUGCGGGGCCCGGGCCGUCCGGGGGGCGCGCCACCGUGGGGGGAGCGGGAGGAGGAGGAGGCGCCGGGGGAGGAGACCCGUGGCGGAGGCUGAACGGGUCCACAGCGUCCACGGAGCUGUCCCUGUCGCCGCCGGCCGAGCAGGAGCAGCACGAGGACGCGCUGCCGUGGCGACACCGGCCGUCGGCGGCGGCCGUGUCCUCCGCGGCCACCACGUCGGCGGGGGGCGCCGCGCUGAUGCCCGCCAUGCCGAUGCUGCAGCCGCUCGACGGCGGAGGCGGGCUAGCAGUAGCAGGCGGAGGAGAGGGCGCGUCGGCGGCGCCGCCAAUCCGAGGGAUACCUAUCUACAACGGCCCGGGGGGAUUCCCGUUCCUGCCGCCGGCCUCCGGGGCAGACGGCGGCCCCCUCCACCACCACCAGCACCAGAAGCUCGGGUUCUACGGCUCGUACCACCCGAGCACGUGGCCGUCGUCGCUCGGCUCCACGUCGCCGUCGCCGCUCGCGCCGGGAACGCCGCCGUCCACGCUGGACCCCGCGUCGGUGUUCCUGUCGUCCCCGGCCGCGCACCACCACCACCGGAUGCUGUUGGCAUCGGGCAGGCUCAACGGCAUGCUCACGGACACCCUCCGCGGCUACGGCGCUAGCGGCGUCGUCGGCGGCCUGGGAGGCAUCGUCGGCGGGCUCCACCACAACCACCACCACCUCCACGGCGCGCAGCCGUUCGGGUUGGGCUCCCGGUUUAUGCCCAAGCUCCCCGCCAAGCGCAGCAUGCGCGCGCCGCGCAUGCGGUGGACGAGCACGCUCCACGGCCGCUUCGUCCACGCCGUCCAGCUCCUCGGAGGCCACGAGAGGGCUACGCCCAAGUCGGUGCUGGAGCUCAUGGACGUGAAGGAUCUGACCCUAGCGCACGUCAAGAGCCAUCUCCAGAUGUAUCGGACCGUGAAGAGCACUGACAAGCCUGCGGCGUCAUCAGGUGGGAACGACGGCGGCGGCUCCGGGGACGAGGACUUCCCCGACGCCGGCCAGGCAGCCUCCGGCGGCGAGAACAACAUGUGCGUGAGGCCGUUCGGGGAGCACCACCGGUCCACCUCCGCGGGGGCGGCGAGCUCAGUGGGCGGCGGCGGCGGCGGCAACAUGGACCAGUCUUCGGCGGGCAACACCAACACCAGGUGGAGCAACUCGUCCAGGGACCCAUGGCUGUCGUCGAAUUCAUGCAACAUGGACGCUCAUCAUUUGGCAGGGUUGUCUUCUCCAAUUGAGAACGCGGAGCCUUGCCGAUCGAGCAGCUCGCAGGUGUCAAACCACGAGCUGAGCAGCCCGAGCCUGGAGUUCACGCUUGGGAGACCGGACUGGCAGGGCACGGAUCAUGACUAA